AUGGAACCAGGGAAUCAAACAGCUAUUUCAAAAUUCUUUCUUCUGGGACUCUCUGAAGAUAAGGGACUGCAGCCCCUCCUGUUUGGGCUGUUCUUGCUAAUGUACCUAGUCUGUUUUAUAGGGAACCUGCUAAUCAUCCUGGCCAUCAGCUCUGACUCCCACCUCCACACCCCCAUGUACUUCUUCCUCUCCAACCUGUCCUUUGUGGACAUCUGCUUCACUUCCACUACAGUCCCAGAGAUGCUGGUGAACAUCCAAGCACAAAAUAAAGCUAUCACCUAUGAAGGCUGCUUUACACAGAUGUAUUUUUUCAUGAUUUUUGCUGGCCUGGAUAGUUUGCUACUGACUGUGAUGGCCCUUGACCGGUUUGUGGCAAUAUGUCACCCGCUGCACUAUAUGGUCAUCAUGAAUCAUCGGGUUUGUGGUCUUCUGCUUCUGCUUUCUUGGCUGAUCUGCCUGACAUAUUCUUUGUUGCAAAGUUUGAUGUUUUUGAAAGUAUCCUUCUGUGGAAAAACUGAAAUUCCCCACUUCUUCUGUGAACUGGCUCAGAUCCUCAAGCUUGCCUGCUCAGAUACCUUUGCCAAUGAUCUUCUGCUAUACUGUGUAACUGGCAUCCUGGGUAUUAUCCCACUGUCUGGGAUUCUUUUUUCUUAUUCUAAAAUUGGUACCGCCAUAGUGAGAAUUACAUCUCCUGGAGGGAAGUACAGAGCCUUUUCUACCUGUGGCUCUCACCUCUCAGUUGUCUCCUUGUUCUAUGGCACGGGCCUUGGGGUUUACCUUACUUCUGGAACAGCCCAUCCCUCCAGAGAGAGCUCAGUAGCCUCAGUCAUGUACACUGGAGUUGCCCCCAUGCUGAACCCCUUCAUCUAUAGCCUUAGGAACAGAGAAUUGAAGGGAGCUCUGAGGAGAAUUUUUCAGCACAGAAGUUUGUUCUCAGUGAGACAAUGGAACUAA